AUGCAGGUGUUUUCCACCCUUUUGGGGCUGGCUACGCUUUCUUGUAUUUCUACUGUCUCGGCCACAGCAACCAACACUCUGGCGAAACCUGCUUUCACCUAUGACCAACUUUGGAAUUUUCAGAUUGCCUUCUGGGACUCUUUCCUGUACCCUGAAAACGUCAAGCAGGUCAAAGGAAACGAGUCUACGGUCUUUACCCCAGAGACUCAAGGACGUGUCGAUAUCACCCGCACUUUUGACGGCGACGAGCUGAACCGCGAAUAUAUCUACGGCCUAUUCUCGGACCCUUCGACAGUCAGUCUCGUGGGAGUUCCAAUCGCAUACCACAUCACCCAGUUUGUGGGAAAUGACAACAUCACAUCUGCCACCACCGUCGUGACCUUCAAUUCGACUACAUUUGGCGUCACUUUGCCCGUGACGAUCGACACCUGGAUUCAGUACAAUGCGGAUGGCAAGAUCGCCAGCUACGAUGCCACAUUCCGGUGGUUUGGAUAUUUGUUGGACACUUUGCUCGAGGGGGUGGCUGAAAAGAUAAACGGAACCUCUGAAAAGGCCCUCGCGUACGUGACCGAUACCCUUGCCAAAAGCAUCUGUGCGACAUCUACAUCGCAUUGCAAGGUUGAAAACCAGCAGUACGACGAUAGCGACGCCUGCUAUAAAUACUUGACCGAGAAGACUCGAUUCGGUCAGCCCCACGAGCUGGGACGCAACACAUUACUGUGCCGCUCCAUUCACGAGCAUAUGGUCCAGUAUAGGCCCGAGGUCCACUGUGAACACAUUGGCCCCACUGGUGGAGGAUAUUGUGUCGAUGAUAUGACCUACGGGCAGACGGUGCUGCAGAAAUAUUUCAAUCACUCGUGGAUUCCGUAUGGAUAUGGCCAGGACCAGAACAUUUGGGUUGCCAACUGA